AGAUACCGUUCGCUUCCUGUUUGAAUUGUUCUGUGAAGUGUCGCCCGGUGAUCACGUAAGAGAGCCAUACAUAGUGAGGAAAUACCCAGAGACUUACAAAAAUGAGGAAGAGUUGAAAAACAUACCAAAGUUUACAUUCCCAUGUCAGUUUGAAAACACAUUCGUCCAACAUUACUCGUUCGUGCUGACGUCGGUGGACUCCAAGUACACGUUCUGCUUCUGCCGCUACGACCCGAAGACGAACACGGCUCUGGUGCUGCUGUCCCACCUGCCAUGGCACGACAUCUUCUACAAUUUAUGAACUUCCUCUGGU